CGCUAAACAUGGCCGGAAAUAAGUGAUAAGUUUAUCUAUGUAUCGCUGCUGAAAUCGUCACUUAUCCUGUCUUCUCUUUUUCAGAAGUGUUAACUCAUAAGAUGCAAUGGCAGACUUAGAGGAUGAUGAGUUUAUGUUGGCCUUGAUCAAUUACUAUUGCCAGGAGAAGUAUUUCAAUCACAUAUUCAACACUGCAAGUGAGGCUCAAAGAAAACUCGGCAAUGACCCCAUUUUCACUUUUUACCGCGCUUAUGGCAUUCUCAUGCAAAACAGAAUACAGGAAGCUAUUCAUGAGCUGGAAUCAAUAAAAGACGGUCGAGAUGUGUCACUGUGCACAAUGAUGGCGCUUGUUUAUGCCCACAAAAAAUGCCAAAACCCAGAUCGGGAAGCCAUUCAGGAGCUUGAUGCCAGGGUGAAGGAGGACCGGAAGGGUGCUAGCCCCAAGGGCCUUUACUAUGCCGGCCUGUUCCUCUGGCAUCUGGGCCGCAACGACAAAGCCAGGGAGUACAUUGAGAGGAUGAUAAAGAUCUCCGGUGGUGUAAAAGAGGGGAUAAUCCUGAAAGGCUGGAUUGAUCUGACAUGUAAUAAGGAUGCGUACGCCAAGAAAGCUGGGAAAUACUUUGAUGAGGCUCUGAAGGAGAAAGCUGACAUCUUUGCUCUCAUGGGAAAGGCACAGUAUUGUGAGUUCCGCCAGAAUUACUCUGGAGCUUUGGAGACCAUCAACCAGGUGAUUGUGAGUUUCCCACGCUUCCUGCCUGCCUUCAUUAAGAAGAUGAAGCUUCUUCUCAUGCUUCAGGACUGGGAGCAGACUGUAGACGCAGCACAGAGGCUGCUGCAGAAGGAGAAGAACAAUCUGGAAGCUCUUAGAAUGCUGGCCCUUCAUUCCUUGUGCCGAGAAGGAGACAUCAGUGAGUCCAUCAACCAUCUCACCAAUCUUGUGAGCAACCUGGAAGUACAUGAGCCUGACACUCCAGAACUCUUCUACAGGAUGUCAUUAGCUUUUACCCGAGUGUGUGGGAGAAAUGAGAAGAUCCUCCAGCAGACCCACACCAUGGUAGACAGAGCUUUCUCGCGUUCUUCGGGGGACUCUGAACUGGCUACAGAGUUGGGCUUCCAGUUUGUCCUACAGGGCAGGAUCAAGGAAGCCAUCAAGUGGUACAAGACGGCCAUGACUCUCGAUGAAACGAGCAUCUCGGCACUGAUUGGCAUUAUCAGGUGUCAGCUCAUUGAGGGGCACCUGGAAGAUGCAGAGCAACAGCUCGAGUUUCUCACAGAGAUCCAGCAGUCCAUUGGAAAGUCAGGGGAGCUGCUGUACCUGCGUGCGGUUCUGGCCGCAAAAAAGAACAAGUCGGUGGAGGAGGUGAGCGCCCUUCUGAACGACGCUGUGGACACACACUUCUCCGGCCUGCAUGGUUUACCACUUGGGCUGCAGUACUUUGAGAAGCUUAAUCCUGACUUCCUGCUGGAGAUCGUCAAGGAGUACCUCGCCCUGUGUCCCACCAAACCACCUGCCCCGGGCCAGCCUCCAUCUCCCCAGCUCCAACACAGCGCUUCAGUGCUUGAGGCUGUAGUGAAGACCGUCCCAGGACUCCUGCAGGCGGUUUACCUAAUGGCUAAAGUUAAGUUCCUCUCAGGUGACAUUGAGUCUGCUCAGAGCAGUUUGCAGCACUGCCUGGACCAGAACCCAUCUCAUGUUGAGGCCCACCUUCUUAUGGCCCAGAUCUACCUCCUGCAGGGCAAUUUCAGACUCUCUUCUCAGUCUCUGGAACUCUGUCUCAGCUACAACUUUGAGAUUCGGGAGCAUCCCCUGUACCACCUGAUCAAGGCCCAGGCACAGAAGAAGAUGGGGGAGCUGCAGGAAGCCAUCCAGACCUUGCAGAUGGCCCUGAGCUUGCCAGGAGUGCGGCGAGCAGCAGGCUCUGCCAAGUCCAAGAACAAACGGGUAGAGCUGAGUUCUGCUGACUGUGUGUCCGUCUACCUGGAGCUCGCAGAGGCCCACUGGCUCAACGGAGAGCAGCACGAGGCUGCCAAAGUAAUGCAGGACGCCAUCAAUGAGUUCACGGGCACUUCCGAAGAGCUGCGGGUGACAAUCGCCAAUUCCGAUUUGGCUCUGUUGCGAGGGGACACUGAGCUGGCCUUGAACAUGCUCAGAAACGUCACCCCAGAGCAACCCUACUAUAUUCAGGCCAAGGAGAAGAUGGCUGACAUCUACCUAAACCACAGGAAGGAGAAGCGCCUCUAUGCUAGCUGCUACAGAGACUUGGUGGAAAGGUUGCCCAGUCCCCACACUUAUCUUUUGCUGGGUGAUGCCUAUAUGAAUAUCCAAGAGCCUGAAAAAGCUAUUGAGAUCUAUGAACAGGCUCUGAAGAAAAACCCUACGGAUGGAGCGGUUGCCAGCAAGAUUGGUAAAGCUCUUGUCAAGACGCACAAUUACAUUAAGGCAAUAAAUUACUAUGAAGCUGCUCUCAAGAGCGGCCAGCAGAACUUCCUGCGCUACGACCUGGCAGAGCUGCUACUGAAGCUGCAUCAGUAUGAGCGAUGUGAGAGGCUUCUGCACGAGGCUUUGAAACACGACACAGUGAAUGAGCUUCCGUCGUUGACAGAAGACUGCCGCUAUCUGGUUCUGCUGGCGAAAAUCCAAAGUAAAGUGGAUAAGAAUGAGGAGGCUCUGCUGUCCUUACAGAGGGCUCGGGACGUGCAGGCCAGGGUCCUGAAGCGAGUCCAGCUGGAGCAGCCUGAUGCUGUACCAGCACAGAAGAAGCUCGCUGCUGAGAUCUGCUCUGAGAUUGCUAAGCAUUACACGUGCCAGAGAGACUAUGAAAAGGCCAUCAAAUUCUACAAGGAGGCCCUUGUUUAUUGCGAGAGCGACAGCAAGCUGAUGCUAGAGCUGGCCCGGUUAUAUCUCAAGCAAGAUGAUGUUGACGCCUGCCAGCAGCAGUGCAGUGCGUUGCUGAAGAGCGACCAAGUUAAUGAAGCUGCAACCGUGAUGAUGGCAGACCUGAUGUUCAGAAAGCAGGACUACGAGCAAGCCGUUUUCCACUUUCAACAGCUGCUGGAACGUAAACCAGACAACUACCCAACGCUGUCACGUCUAAUCGACCUGUUGAGGAGAACAGGAAAGCUGGAGGAAGUUCCGAGGUUUCUGGAGAUGGCAGAAAAGCAUUUUUCACGGGCUAAAUUUGACCCUGGAUUUAACUACUGCAAAGGACUUUAUUUGUGGUACACAGGGGAACCCAACGAUGGAUUACGGCACUUCAACAAGGCACGGAAAGACAACGAUUGGGGUCAGAAUGCUGUGUACAACAUGAUAGAAAUCUGCCUGAAUCCGGAUAAUGAAACCAUGGGAGGAGAGGUGUUUGAGAACCUUGAUGGUGACAUGGGAAACUCCACUGAGAAGCAGGAGUCAGAACAGCUGGCAGUGCGGACGGCGGAGAAACUCCUGAGAGAACUGAAACCGCAGACCCCCGAUGGACACGUUCAGCUGAGGAUCAUGGAGAACUACUGCUUGCUAGCUACUAAGCAGAAGGCCAACGUGGAGAAAGCACUUAAUGUUUUCACUGAGAUUGUAAACAAUGAGAAAGAUCACGUGCCCGCUCUGUUGGGAAUGGCCACAGCUUACAUGAUCCUCAAGCAAACCCCACGAGCCCGCAAUCAGCUGAAACGCAUCGCAAAAAUGAGCUGGAACGUCAUUGAUGCCGACGAGUUCGAGAAGAGCUGGCUACUCCUGGCUGACAUCUACAUUCAGUCCGGAAAGUACGACAUGGCUGGAGACCUCCUGAAACGGUGUCUCCAUCAUAAUAAGUCUUGCUGUAAAGCAUAUGAAUACAUGGGUUAUAUUAUGGAGAAGGAGCAGGCAUACAGAGACGCAGCAGUGAACUAUGAAAUGGCUUGGAAGUAUGGGAAUCAAACCAACCCUACCAUUGGAUACAAGCUGGCGUUCAAUUACCUGAAAGGAAAGAGACAUGUUGAUGCUAUUGAUGUAUGCCACAAGGUUCUGGAUGCGCAUCCUAAUUAUCCAAGGAUGAGGAAGGACAUUCUGGACAAGGCCCGAGCAGCACUGAGAUCAUAGGAACAACAUUUAAUGAAUCUGUCUUUUCAUUAUGUAAAAUAACUAGCUGAGAUGGGAUUCUGUAAUGGUAGAUACUGUGGAACCUAGUAAUAAUGCAAACAAUAUUUAAAUUUACAUGGACACUUCAAAAGCGUAUCUACAAUUCUGUAAAUAGUGUAUGACAGGUAAAACUCUCUCCCACUUUGUUCACACUACCUGCAGCGGUUCUUAAACCAAAUGGCCGAGGAUUCCUUUAAAAAGCUGAUGAAAGCUAAGGAGCCCUCCUGUGAAAAAUGUCCAUAAAUAAAA